UGGCUUUGGCAGCCCCACCCACAGGGGCUGCUAUAUAUCUACAAACCCAAAUAGGGGCACCCACAAUCCCUGAACUCCAGGACACCCAGCUGGAACUAUUCUUACAGGAGCCACAGCACAGAGACUGGGAAACAUGACUCCAAAGCUGCUGGGCUCACGACUUUGGCUCCUGCUGCUGCUAGGGUUCAUGGGAAUGAUUAUCUCUUUUCAGGCCCCACCAGGGAAUUUAACCUGGGCUCAGUGGUUUGAAAUCCAGCACAUAAAUAUGGCCCACCCCCGAUGUGAUGAUGCAAUGCGGGUAGUUAACAGUUAUAGAAGGCGAUGCAAAGGCAAAAAUACGUUUCUACAUACAACUUUUGAUAGUGUUGCUCAAGUUUGUGAAACCCCAAACAUAACCUGCCUUACAAGCCCCAGUACAAACUGUCAUAACAGUUCAGUUCAGGUGCCUUUAGUUGACUGUGUCAUCACUGGAAAAUCACAGAAUUAUACAAACUGCAGAUAUCAAAAUGUACCAGCAACAAAGUGCUACAUCGUUGCUUGUGCCAACAGAUCUGUAUGGGACAAUACCACCUAUCCAAUGGUUCCAGUUCACUUAGAUGGGACAUGUUAGCUUCUGGAUCAGCACUUUGUGACAUGGCUCAUCUGCCAGCUCCCAAGCCCUCUGUCCACCCUGGAUAUCAGCAUCUGUCCUCAAGGAAACAGUGUCCAACCCCCUUCAAGCUUAGCUAAACUGAAGCACCCUGUAAGCCAUGCAAUAAACCUCUUUGAAGAGAAA